AUGGACUCAAGCCUCAUUGAUUCUCUCUUUGGCGGAAAGGAAGAGCCAUCUUCCUUUGCUAACAGGUUCCUCGAAGGCGAGAAGGUUGAGAUUGUUGAUCCUGCUGCAGAAAAAAAGAAGGCAAUUGAAGCAGCCCGCAAAGCAAAAAUCAGAACUCCUGAAGAGGAGGAAGAAAGAACUGGACGUACAUUAUUUAUCGGCAACAUUCCAGCUAAAUUCGAUAAUGACGAUGUUAAGAGACUCUGCAAAGAAUUCGGACCUAUAGAAUCAGUACGUAUUAGAAAUCUUCAAUUCAAAGAAGACAGAAAAGUUAAUAAAAAAGUUGCCGUUAGACGUGGUGACUUCGAUAAAACACAAAAUGCCGAUGCUUACGUUGUUUUUAAGAACGUUGAAGAUCGUGAUAAAGCAAUUGUUGGUUUAAAGAACAAGGAAGUAGAAGGAUUCACUCUCCGCACAGAUAAAGCUACACCUAAGAACGUUUCUGAAAAAAUAUCAAAUGAAGAAUCGAAUAGAACCGUUUUUAUAGGACAAUUGAAGCCAACAGUUACAGAAGAUAUGCUUAGAAAGCUAUUUUCAAACGCAGGCGAAAUCGAUCACGUUAAAAUUCCAAGAGAUCGCGAAACAGGAAAAUCUCGUUACGUUGCUUACGUUACAUUCGUUGAUGAGAGGUCUGUUGAUGAUGCUCUCAAGUUUGACGGUACUUUCCUUGAAGAGAAACAGAUGAGAGUAGAAAGAUCUACACCAAGAAAGGCUGCAAAGAAGAAAGCAGAGAUUGCGGCCAAGGAACAGAAGAAGAGAGAAGACAAACAAAAUAAGAAGUUCCCGAAGAAGGAGAAGAAGGAGGAAAAGAAGGAAGAAGAAGGAGAAGAGAAACAAAACAAGAAUAAGAACCUUUCUUUCAUGGGACAGACCGCUCGUCCUCAGGAGAAUAAGAACAAGAAGACAGCAUCCUUCUUGAAAUUGAAGGCACAUCAGAAUAAGAAGAAUCAGAAGAAAUAA